GACCGACGAAGGCGGGGCUACAGUGUAUCCCUUUUUGCUCCUCCUCGAACGUUCUGUCCCACUCGCACCUUCCCUGACCUGCUGAUCGAACGUUCCGUUCCAUUCACACUUUUCCCCUCAUUUUCGGCGUUCCGCUGAUCGGACGUUCCAUCCCCAUUCACAUUCUCCCACCCGCAGACCCGGGAGUCCUCGUGUCUAUAGCUGUCGCUGGGUCGCUUCCGCCAAGCGGAGCGGAUGAAAUGAGGCGCUUCUGCAGCGGCAGCCGGUGGCUGGUGCCGGCGGCCUCCCUGGCUCUCGGGUUGGGCUUGGGCGCCGGCUUGUCCAAGAGAGGGAGGCAGCCGAGCCAGCUGGGAGCGGAGGCGGAGGGGCUCCUCUCACGGCUGCCGGUCGUGCCGGUGGUUGCCGCCGCCACCACAACUUCGGAUUUGGCUGCCCGAGGCGGCGUUGGCGACUCGGGGGAUCUGGCCAAGUACGGCUUGCCGGGGCUGUCCCUGCUGCGGACCCGGGAGUCCUACGUGCUGUGCUACGACCCGCGGGCUCGUAGCGCCCUCUGGGUGGUGGAGCAGCUAAACCCGGCCACGCUGAGCGGCUCCUCGGACCGCGCUGCCUGCGACUUCCGUUCCGACGACUCGAUUCACGAGUACCACCGCGCCACCAACGCGGAUUACAAGGGCAGCGGCUUUGACCGGGGACAUCUGGCGGCCGCCGCCAACCACCGCUGGAGCCAGAAGGCCAUGGGGGACACGUUCUACUUGAGCAACGUCGCCCCCCAGAAUCCUCAUCUGAAUCAGAAUGCCUGGAAUAACCUGGAGAAAUACUGCAGGAGCUUAACUAAAUACAACAAGAAUGUUUAUGUCUGUACAGGACCACUUUUUCUACCCAGGAUGGAGGCAGAUGGGAAGAUGUACGUGAAAUACCAGGUGAUUGGGAAGAGCCACGUGGCCGUCCCCACACACUUCUUCAAGGUGCUCAUCCUGGAGAAGUCAAGUGGGGAGAUAGAGUUGCGCUCCUACGUCAUGCCAAACAGCCCUGUCAAUGACAAGAUCCCUCUGGAGAAUUUCCUGGUCCCCAUCGAGAGCAUCGAGCGGGCCUCUGGCCUCCUCUUCGUCCCCAACAUCCUCAAGAGGACUAGCAAGUUGAAAGCAAUCUCUGCUGGAAGCAACUUGAAAGCAAUCACAGCUGGAAGCACCACCUAAGGAAGUGAUUCCUGAGACCUUGCAAACAGACACUUGCCAGGCGGUAGGAUCUGCCCAAGUAGUCAGUAGCUAUCCCAGCUCCAACAAGCAAUUCUCUCUUUCUCAGCACUCUCAAGGAACAGUACCUGCUUCUCUCUAAAGACAAGAGGCAGUGAUGGCCACUAACUUGGAUUGCUUUCCUCUGUAUGUGCUGUAAAGGGAAACUAGGGGCAGAUGGGGCUUGUCAACCUGGGAAGAGAGCCCAUCUAGGAGAAGGAAUCUCUGCUGCCUUGUGGGAUGUCUUCAAGAGAAGAAAAUG